CUCUGAUAGCUCUGCAAAUCGCUGCCCUUUCUGCUCCUGCUACCCUUCCCACCCCCAACCCCGCAGAAUUUUUCUUUCCGCAGUCCCUUUUCUGAUCUGGCUCCAGACUAUCAGUAAGAAUGCACAGCUUAAUUCUGGUGUGUUUUGGGAUGCCCUCCUGCCCAGUGUUCUGGAAGGGCAGGGAGGCACGGCAGCGUUUGACUUGAUGCUGAUGGCGCUGUGAAGUCUGCAAGAAUACUGACUAUGCAGAAAUUUAUUGAAGCGGAUUAUUAUGAACUAGACUGGUAUUAUGAAGAAUGCUCAGACGUUUUAUGUGCUGAAAGAGUUGGCCAGAUGACUAAAACAUAUAAUGACAUAGAUGCUGUUACUCGGCUUCUUGAAGAGAAAGAGCGGGAUUUGGAAUUGGCCGCUCGAAUUGGCCAGUCGUUGUUGAAGAAGAACAAGACACUAACCGAGAGGAAUGAGCUUCUGGAGGAGCAAGUGGAACACAUCAGGGAGGAGGUGUCUCAGCUCCGGCACGAGCUGACCAUGAAGGAUGAGCUGCUUCAGUUCUACACCAGUGCCGCGGAGGAGAGCGAGCCCGAGUCUGUGUGCUCAACCCCGUUGAAGAGGAAUGAGUCAUCCUCCUCGGUCCAGAAUUACUUUCAUCUGGAUUCUCUUCAGAAGAAACUUAAAGACCUGGAAGAGGAGAAUGUCGUGCUGCGGUCCGAGGCUUGCCAGCUGAAGACAGAGACCAUCACCUAUGAAGAGAAGGAGCAGCAGCUGGUCAAUGACUGUGUGAAGGAGCUGAGAGACGCCAAUGUGCAGAUUGCCAGUAUCUCAGAGGAGCUGGCCAAGAAGACUGAAGAUGCUGCCCGCCAGCAGGAGGAGAUCACACACCUGCUCUCGCAAAUAGUGGAUUUGCAGAAGAAGGCAAAAGCUUGUGCAGUGGAGAAUGAAGAACUCGUCCAGCACCUGGGGGCUGCCAAGGAUGCCCAGCGGCAGCUCACAGCCGAGCUGCGCGAGCUGGAGGACAAGUACGCGGAGUGCAUGGAGAUGCUUCAUGAGGCGCAGGAGGAGCUCAAGAACCUGCGGAACAAGACCAUGCCCAACACCACACCCCGGCGCUACCACUCACUGGGCCUGUUCCCCAUGGACUCGCUGGCAGCAGAGAUCGAGGGAACGAUGCGCAAGGAGCUGCAGCUGGAAGAGCCCGAGUCGCCCGACAUCAUUCAUCAGAAGCGAGUCUUUGAGACUGUGAGGAACAUCAACCAGGCUGUCAAGCAGAGGUCUCUGACGCCGUCCCCCAUGAACAUCCCCGGCUCCAACCAGUCCUCAUCCGUGCACUCCCUCCUGUCCAGCUGCGCCAGCACCCGCCGGUCCAGCUUCUACGGCAGUGAUGUCAACAACGUCAUCUUGGAUAACAGAACCAGCAGUGGUGUCCUGGAGACAGAGCCGGCCAGCCUGGGGAACGACGCGCAGAGUAAGAAGCCGGGCACGCCGGGCACCCCGGGCUCCCACGACCUGGAGACCGCACUGAGGCGGCUGUCCCUCCGCCGGGAGAACUACCUCUCAGAGAGGAGGUUCUUCGAGGAGGAGCAGGAGCGGAAGCUCAGGGAGCUGGCGGAGAAGGGCGAGCUGCUCAGCGGCUCCCUCACGCCCACGGAGAGCAUCAUGUCCCUGGGCACACACUCCCGCUUCUCCGAGGUCACCGGCUUCUCCAGCAUGUCCUUCAGCAGCCGUUCCUACCUGCCUGAGAAACUUCAGAUCGUGAAGCCUCUGGAAGGUUCUGCCACCCUUCACCACUGGCAGCAGUUGGCCCAGCCUCACCUCGGGGGCAUCCUGGACCCCCGGCCCGGUGUGGUGACCAAGGGCUUCCGGACCCUGGACGUUGACCUGGAUGAAGUGUACUGCCUUAACGACUUUGAAGAAGAUGACACAGGUGACCGUAUUUCCCUCCCGAGCCUAGCUACCUCCACGCCAGUUCAGCACCCAGAGACCUCAGCACACCACCCUGGGAAGUGCAUGUCACAGACCAACUCCACCUUCACCUUCACCACCUGUCGCAUCCUGCAUCCUUCUGAUGAGCUCACGCGGGUCACGCCAAGCCUUAACUCAGCCCCAACUCCAGCUUGUGGCAGUGCCAGCCACUUGAAGUCCACGCCAGUGGCCACACCGUGCACUCCACGGAGACUGAGCCUGGCAGAAUCCUUCACUAACAUCCGUGAGUCCACGACCACCAUGAGCACGUCUCUGGGGCUGGUGUGGCUACUGAAGGAGCGGGGCAUCUCCGCGGCUGUGUAUGACCCCCAGAGCUGGGACAGGGCCGGCAGGGGCUCCCUCCUGCACUCCCACACACCCAGGAUGGCUGUGAUCCCCUCCACCCCACCCAACUCACCUAUGCAGACACCCACAUCCUCCCCACCCUCCUUCGAGUUCAAGUGCACGAGCCCUCCCUAUGACAACUUUCUGGCUUCCAAGCCGGCCAGCUCCAUCCUGAGGGAGGUGAGGGAGAAGAAGAAUGUCCGGAGCAGUGAAAGCCAGACGGAUGUGUCAGUCUCCAACCUCAACCUCGUGGACAAAGUCAGGAGGUUUGGUGUAGCCAAAGUGGUGAACUCGGGACGAGCCCAUGUCCCCACCUUGACUGAGGAUGAGGGGCCUCUCUGCGGGCCGCCGGGCCCAGCACCGGCCCUUGUCCCUGGAGGCCUGGUCCCUGAGGGCCUGCCCCUCGGAUGCCCCGUGGUCAGCAGUGCCAUCGGCGGGCUGCAGCUCCACAGCGGCAUCCGACGGAACCGCAGCUUCCCCACCAUGGUGGGGUCCAGCAUGCAGAUGAAAGCCCCCGUGACUCUUGCCUCAGGCAUCUUGAUGGGUGCUAAGCUUCCCAAACAAACUGGCUUACGGUGAGGCUGGGAGGCUGGGAUGGGGGCCCUUUCCCGGAGGAGACCAGUCUGGCUCCUGCCUCCCUGUCUUCCUCCUGCACUGCACGCUCGCCCUCUUCCCUCCUCUGCUCAUCCCAUCCUGAGCUAGACAAAUCAACCUUGUGCCUAGUGGGGAAGAGCGGAGACUUUAUAAAAUGUGUACAGAGGACUUGGGGACCUUGUAUCCGCCCUGCCUUUUCUGCAGAUGCCCCAGGAAGAGCCCAGCACUGUCCUCACUCUCCUGAGGACAUUGCCUGUGCUGGCCUGGGGACAGGGGCAGGCAGGUGUCCUUUCUCCUUUCCUUUGAGAAGCACUGAAACUCCCAAGUGUGUUCUUAUCCCAUGGAUAGGAAACCAGUGAAUUCGUGGCUGGCUGCCAGUGCUGUCAUUGGGCAUGGGGCACAGUGCCUCUGCCACCCAGUGUCGUCAGGCACGUUGCCUCACUCAGCCUGUAACAGUGCAAGGAGCCUCCGUCCACAGCCACAUGUAGCUUUCAGGAUUGGAGGGCCACACUUCCUUUUACGGGUGGCCCAGCUUCUCCAAGACCUCCACUGCUCUGUACCAGUGGACAGUCGCUUCUGUUUUGAGGUGUGACUUUUUCUUUCCAUGUCUUCAACGUGAGGUCAUCCUUCAAUGUUUGUAAUCAGCUGUCAGGCCAGACAUCUGACUUGAAAGAGAAUGUAUUUAUACUCCCACUGCACUAUUCAGCAGCCACUGUGUGUUCUGUGUGAUAUUUUUUCAUUUUUUAUAUAUUUUUUAUUUUUUAAGUAAUGGUACUAGAUGGGAAGUCACAGUGUACGCUCUCUGUGUGGCUCUAUGACAAGUUUCAAACACACCAAGCCGCCAAGGUAGCUUAUUUCUGGGACCCAGGGUCGCCACCAAAAUGAUUAAACCAGACUCAAGACAACUUUCACAAUGGGAUCAAAAGGAAAGGGACUAGGGAACAGAUUGUGAAAAAAGUCUGGUACAAGUAAAAAUAGCAAGAACCACAACCAAACAUACUCUUAACUCAGUCCAUGGGAGAAACAAGGCCCUGGUGUUCCGCGGGCUCCAGGCUUUACUCUGGAAGCCUGGCCCGGCCCUCGUGCUUUCCCGUAGGUGGUCUUCCUUUGCAGCCAUUCGAUGCCCACAUGUUUUGCCCUCUUGUUCCAGAACAGAAUGGUCACAAGAUACUUUCUCCCCUCAAAGCCCUUUGUUUCCAGUUGUGCCACUUUUUAUUCCUAGGAAAAUGGUAGAGGUGCUCAUGAGGAGAGCCCCAAGUGAGUGGGAAUCUGGGCCUGUUGCUGUUGCCGACUGAGUUUUGAACUUUUAUUUAUUAAUGUAUGUGCUGUAUUUUAAACAAACAUCCUCUGCCCUUCCCAGCUGGGGCACAGUGUGCCUGCGGCAUUCCAUUCUAGUCUGAGGACUGCACUGCACCCCACCGCGCUCUGUGGCCGUGUAUUCCAGGUCCUCGUGGAGGCACAGCAUCACGUACAAAUGAACUUGUCGUUUUGUAUGCCCUGUUCCUUAGCAAAAAGAGGUGUCCUUCACUUGAGUGAGUGUAACCUUACGUCCACUGAAGAUUCCUUGAGAAAGUCCCCAGGAGCAAGUUUCAGCCCCCCAAUUUCAGGAGAUUUAUUCUCUGAACACAAGGGUGUUGGUUGAUGAUGUCCCAAGUCUCCUUGUGGUUGUACAUGUGCACCCAGUGCAAGGAAGGGACACAACUCUUUUUAUUUGAAUGUAUUUUAAAGCAGUAGGUAGAAUAACAAAAGAACAUAAAAACCACGGACUGAGGGCCCCACUUCCUGUAACGACAGAGAGGAGCCCCCCAUCAUCACAAAGGAGCCACCCACGUGAAAAUCAGCAGUUCGGAGGUUGCAGUGUUUAGUAUAGUAAAUAAAUGAUCAACACUGUGCAACCACUACCAAAAAAGUGUGUUGUGGUGCCUCAAACAUCAACAAUAAAAUUUUAUUUGUUAAUAAGUACCAAUAAAAUAAUUAAUAUGAUGGAAACCACA